CAUUUCUCGGCCACAAGUGAAAUUCAUCCCUUGGUGAUAGGUAGCUCCACAUCAGCUGGCGCUGUCAAAUGGAACGCUUAUUAUUCCGUGUGUGCCUGAUCUUGAUCCACUGUUGUUGCUGCUGUUUGAUGUCAUCACUGUGCCAAGCGAUAAGACAAGAGCGACCUAUCGUGAACCUCCCCAGUCUUGGCCAACUUCGCGGUUUUGUGGCAGUGACGACGACCGGUCGGAAGUUUCACGCUUUCAGAGGCAUUCCUUAUGCCCUACCGCCAGUUGGAGAGUUACGUUUCAGGGACCCCAUUCCAGUGAAACCAUGGACGGGAGUGUUAAACGCCAACCAAGAAGGAUCUCCUUGCGUUCAGAUCGAUUGCAUACUGUUCAAAAUUAUGGGAAAUGAAGAUUGUCUGAAGCUGAAUGUCUUUACACCAGUCGUUACGUCAACUGAUACUGCUUCAUUGCCGGUCAUGGUGUGGAUUCACGGAGGAGGUUUCACAAUGGGCAGUGGGAAUUCCGGCGGAUACGAUGGAAAUGCUGGCCCUGCCCCUGGCUACAUACUCAAUCGAGAUGUCGUCUUGGUCACCCUCAAUUACCGUCUAGGGGCUUUUGGUUUCUUGAGCACAGAAGAUACUGAAGCCCCAGGGAACUAUGGACUUCUCGACCAGUCCUUAGGUCUGAAGUGGGUGAGAGAUAACAUCCGUUAUUUUGGUGGUAAUCCUGACUCGGUUACUAUUUUUGGGCAAAGCGCCGGUGGCGCCAGUGUAGAGUUCCAAAUGCUGUCACCCCAUUCAAAAGGGUUGUUCCAUAGAGCAAUAGCCCAAUCCGGGUCCACCAGAUGCCCAUGGGCGCUGCAGAAAACUGUAGGAGAAUACACCAACAGCUUGGCAAGUAAUUUGAAUUGCCCAACUUCAGACUCUCGGCAAUUGCUUCAAUGUCUAAGAAGGAGAAGUGCAAGACAAAUUAUAAUGGAUAGGAAAAAAAACGUGAUGCGGUUUGCUCUAUGCGUGUACCCGGUUGCAUUUGGACCACGAGUCGAUAAGGAACGGACCUCUCCGUUUCUUCCUGAUGACCCGGAGAAACUCAUAACUCUUGGACAAUUCAACAAUGUGCCGUUAAUCGCUGGACUAACUGAAAGCGAAGGAGGAUUAUUUGGUGCAACAUUGGCAUCAUUCCCUGGAUUCAAUCUGAAGGCGUAUAAAAGAGAUCAGAUCAAAAGUAUUCGUUACACCUUGGGCAUGGAGAAACGCAUUGAUGGAUAUGAAAUAGCACAGAAAGCAUAUCAUGAGUAUUUUAACAAUACGAGAAGUUGGCAAAUUGCUAUCAAAUACGGAGAGUUAACGUCGGAUUUUGGUUUCUUCAAACCCAUCGACGAAUCUGUGAAAUUAUGGAGCAAAUACAGUGCCCAUCCAAUCUACUACUAUCGCUACGGAUACAGACACAAACUAGGCUAUGGUGACUUGUUGCAAUUGCCGUUUAAGUUCGACUUUGGUGUUGUUCAUGGAGACGAAUUAUUGCUGUUGUUCACGAGCACAGGCUUGCCUUUAGCAAAGCAUCCGCACGACAUCAAAGUGUCCAACAUGUUGGUGGAUCUGUGGACGUCAUUCGCAACCGAUGGAGUACCGAAGAGCCAUCUCGUUCCGGGCGAUUGGCUCCCGACCACGGAAAAACAGGCCCGCUAUCUCCAAAUCAACGCUCAUAGUCCUAAACUAGUUAAUGAUUCGAUGCCCUUUGAAUCGCAACUCGCCUUUUGGUAUGAUUUAUUAGAUUCGUAAUCUUUGCAUCGUCAACUAUAAAAAAAAGGACCGCAUUCAUAAUUUAUUUAUCCUCAAAUGCAAUGAUGAGAGAUGGUUAGAUAAAAAUAAUAUACAAGAUAUUAAACAACUUCGCGAAUAAAGACAAUUAACUUCCUCAUUGAGA